AUUGAUCACUUCACACGUUUAUCCUUCUCACUCUCCCUCUCUCUGAACCACAUACCCCUCCAUUUUUCCCGGCCAUCUCGUCGGAAGAUUCUUUCUCUCAUGCUUCCUUUGUCAAAUCAUUCGUCGCCGGAACCCCAACCUCACCGAAGACCCAGAACUCCUGAGCUAUUCGACGGCAAGAGCUCUUUCAAUUCACUUUCGAACUUAUUCCAGCCCCUUUUCUCUCCUCAAAACCCUCGCGUAUGGAUCCUCGUUAUCGUCCUCUUCAUUCAGAUUGUACUCCUCUGCAACCUCCGUAAUUUCCCCACCUCAAUUUCUGUUCGCUACGGCCACCAUGUCCACCAUCACUUCCCCACUUAUCUAGCCCCCAACAGCGUCAUCGAGCAUAUACCCAGGGAGGAAAACGCCUUGGUACAGAAGAUACCCGGUGAAAACACCAUCGCCGUCGCCGAGACGUCGUCACAUGAGAAUUCCGGCGACCAGGACCAAUGUGGGUCCGGUAGAGUCUUCAUCUACGACCUUCCCAAUACCUUCAACCGGGAAAUUCUCGAGAAUUGCGAUAACCUCAACCCAUGGAGCUCCCGGUGUGACGCGCUUUCAAACGACGGAUUAGGCCAGUUUGCCGGUGGACUCGCUGAAAUUGUGCCGGAGGAUCUAGCUCCGGCGUGGCACUGGACGGAUCAGUUCGUUUCGGAGAUCAUCUUCCACAAUCGCAUGCUGAAUCACAAGUGCAGAGUCACGGAGCCCGAAUCCGCUACGGCGUUCUACAUCCCCUUCUACGCUGGACUCGCGGUCGGGAAGUACCUUUGGUCCAAAUCCACCGCAGCCGAACGCGAUCAUCACUGCAAGAUGAUGCUAGAGUGGGUCCACAAUCAACCCUACUAUCAAAGAUCCAACGGCUGGAAUCACUUCAUCACCAUGGGCCGCAUCACAUGGGACUUCCGCCGUUCCAAAGACGAAGAUUGGGGUUCUAGCUGCAUCUACAUGCCGGGAAUGAAGAACAUCACACGACUUCUCAUUGAACGCAACUCGUGGGACUACUUCGACAUCGGCAUUCCCUACCCCACCGGAUUCCAUCCCCGAUCCGAGUCGGACCUAACUCGGUGGCAGAGCUUCGUACGAGAACGGAAGCGAAAUACUCUCUUCUGCUUCGCCGGCGCGCCACGUAAGUCGUUUAAGAACGACUUCCGAGGUCUUUUGCUGAGUCAGUGCCGUGACUCGUCCGGGUCUUGCCGAGCCGUGGAUUGUGCGGGAGCAAAGUGCUCUAACGGAACGUCUGUGAUUCUGGAAACAUUUCUGGACUCCGAUUUCUGCUUGCAGCCCAGAGGAGACAGCUUCACGAGGAGGUCGAUUUUCGACUGUAUGCUAGCUGGUUCGAUUCCGGUUUUCUUCUGGAGGCGAACCGCUUACCUUCAGUACGAGUGGUUCUUACCUAGUGAACCGAAGAGUUUCUCGGUUUUUAUAGACCGGAAUGAGGUGAAGAAUGGUACCUCCAUUAAAGCUGUGCUGGAAAGGUACAGUAAAGAGGAGGUCACGGCGAUGAGGGAGAAAGUGAUUGAGUUCAUACCCAAGUUUGUGUAUGCAAAACCCCAAGAGGGGAUAAAGGGGAUAAAGGAUGCUUUUGAUGUUGCUCUUGAUGGGGUUCUGAGAAGGUUCAAGGAGCAAGAAGAAUCAGGUUUUACUAAAUGGUAACACGGAAGAAGAUUGAAAAACCCAUCUUGUUGGUUGUUGCUGAUGAAUUGGGUAGUGUAAUAGAGUUAUUUUCACAGAUUAAAUUAAUAGAUCUACAAUGAGCACCCCUCUUGGCCCCUCCCCCUGCAUUCGUCUCUGAUGGGCUCGUGGGUUGUACUAUAGUAUGUGAUUCUUUCUAUUGUGACCAUGGAUGAUACACUCAUCAAAAACUGUUGUUGUAUAUUUGUAUUAAUUUUUUCACAGAGAGAAUAAAAUUCAUUUUUGAGCACAA